AUGAGUGGCCAGCUAUUUAUCGGUCCAGAUCACAACGGCAAAACUCCUUAUCUCGAAGCAAGAUACAAACCACUCAACCUUCUCACCACGCUCAAGGAAAUCCGACCUUUUUUACUAGGUACCCUAGAGUACGCAAAACAACCGCAAACAAAACUCAAAAAACUUAUGAAAGAUAAAAACUCCAAGAUUGACUCAGUCACACAAGAGAUGCAGAACAUGAAGACAAAUGUGGCAAAAAUGGAGGAAAAGCUGGCAAAAACGGAACAAGAGCUGAAGAUUACAAAGGAAAAGGUGGAAAAUACGGAGAUGAUGAAUGCAGUGUACGACUUUGUGCACUCCAUUGAACGGAUUGUCUGCCGGCUGCUCAACUUUGAUGAACACCGGUCUAUGACUAUCAAUCAAGCACUCAAGUCGGGUGCAACUGACUGGUCUAAAUUGCAGAAUCUACUGAAGCUUGAAGACCAAAGCCCGGAAUGCCUACUCACAACAAUCAACAAAAUCAAAGAUCAACGACUUGGGUGUGACCAUGCUUCAAAAUCAACAGCCAAGGACCUGGUUCUCUCAACCAGCCUGAUUACAAUUUCUCAAGAUCACUUUUCACUCCGCCACCCUGAACUUGACAUGCUCCAAAACCUCUUGAAAUGGAGUUCGUCACUCCUCCCUGCCUCAGCCACACUUGACAAUCUCAAGAAAGAAGCCUAA